AUGGGUCUAAAAAGAUUAAAUUCAUUCACUUCACCAGGUCAAAAUGUCAGCAACUUAACAGAGUUAUUGAGUUCAUUAGCCGAUCGUUCUAACCUUCCUCUCGCAUACUGGACCACAUAUAAAAACCGUCCUGUAGGCAACAAGACUUGCGCUCGCUUUCCCAGCCUAUACGAAUUAGAGUUUAAUAAUAUCUACUGGCAAACAUUACGCACUUCUAACGGCACUUUCUAUCUUUAUGGUGCCUAUUACGAUGAUAGAUGGAGAGCCGGUGGCAUACCCAUUGUAAGAAUAUUAGGAAUGGUAGAUAAAAUCAAACCACUCCCAACCACUUGUCAGCUUUGGUUCGAUGGGAUGAAAACUGCCGUUUUCUCUCCAACAACCUAUACUUACGGUUGGUACAGUAAAUGGGGCAAUUAUAAAGAUGGAAUUUUGCAGCCUUUUAUCAUCUCUUGUAAAAUACCGAAGAAGGAAUCGGGUGGUAAAGUACCAUCUUCAGUAUCUUUGGUCGAGCACAGAUGUGAUAAACCAACCACAAACUUACGAGUGAUCAACAAUCGACCGAAAGUAAAAGAAAACUUCGCUGUCUGCGUGAAAGGUCUGGAUUUUCUCCAUCAAGACUUGAGUGUACGAUUAGUGGAGUGGAUCGAGCUCCUGAAUAUUUUAGGAGCACAGAAAAUCUUUCUGUACGAGCUAGAAAUACAUCCCAAUAUCUCUAAAGUACUGCACUAUUAUAAGAAAAUGGGUCUGGUAGAUCUGACUCCCAUUACUUUACCCGGAAAUCAGCCAAAUAUACCGGGAUUCAGACACUUUUAUCUGAAAUCUAAGCUGACUCACAAAAGGCAAAAUGAAUUGAUUCCAUAUAACGAUUGCUUAUACAGGAAUCUUUACUCAUAUAGUUACGUAGUUUUAUUAGAUACGGACGAAAUAAUUAUGCCAAUUAAGCAUAAAAACUGGAAAGAUUUAAUGGACGAUGUUGUUAAAUUGGCGCUAAAGGAGAAAAAUUAUACACGAGCUAGUUAUAAUGUCCGUAAUGUUUAUUUUCUGGACGAUCUCCAAGAUGGCGACGAAUUGACUCAUGUAGCACACGAACAUGGUAUACCCCGAUAUUUUCAUAUGCUGCAACACGUCUAUCGAUCGAAAAAUUUUACUAAACCGGGCGCUUACGUUAAAUGCUUCCACAAUACGGAGAGAGUAGUAUCUUUGCAUAAUCACUUCCCACUGAAUUGUUUGGGGACUUGCACAACUUUCUCCAUUAAUACCUCUCUGGCUCAGUUGCAACAUUACAGGAAAGAUUGUGUGGGAUCAUUAAAAAACAGCUGCAAGACUGACUUUCGAAUCCACACCAUACGUGACACGAUCAUUUGGCGCUAUAAAGAUGAAUUAGUGAAAAGAACGGCGAACGUCUUAUCGAAAUUAGGAUUCUUUUCUUAAUCAUUAUCUAUCCGAGUCAUAUUUUUUAGUGAUUUUGACUAUUCACCGCGUGGUUCCGGUGAUGAUUUCAUGUGGGCAAUAGCACGCAAAACAAGACAUUCCUGUUUUAUGUGCAUAAAUUUGCAAGUAUGUCAAGGAGUACGAAAAGGUGAAUCAGGAAGAUGUUUUACAGGAAAGAAUUUUCAAUAUAAAAGGACCAGCGUAUUUGUAAAGUUGGAAACAAGUGUUCUUUUAUUUGUGUCAAACGGGUACAGUUUUUUUUUGUUUGUUUAAUUUAUAUCAAAACAUUUUGGUGCCAUCUUUAAGUAGAUACUGAACAUUCCACGAGUGUGUUGAAGGGAAAAUGUGAAAUAGUAAAUUUUUUUUUAACUUUUAUUCGUAUUUAAAAUGAGUUCCUGUAGUCACCAACCGAUAAAUAUCACUCAUAAUUCGAAUAAAAUGACGUAUUUUAUACGAAACAACUCAUCCAUUCAAAUUGGCCCGAUAAACUUCAGUUUAUGAAGUGUAGGUGAAUCGAACAAUUAAAAUCCCUACUGAUUAAUUUGUUAUGAUUCGCCUCUCCCAAAUUUCCUCGUAUUUGUGCCUAUAAAACCUUAUCAUUCUUAACGUCAAUCUGUGAAUUCGAUGUGAAUAAAACCGAUUUCUUAACAGUA